GUGGCUGGCGGGCGGGCUGGGAAGUCAACGCCGGGGCCAUGGCUGCUGGGAGAGGCUGGGAGUGCUGUAGGAACUCGAGGAGAGCCUCUUGGGGAAAAGGAAACUUGCUCUUCAACGUUUGGAGGUUGAUCUGUUUGCUUCCCCCUUUGCAAUGAAGGACCAGAACCCAUGUGACAAAUGAGUGGAAUUCUCCCAUCUCAACUGGAAGUCUGAGAAGAUGCAACGAAGGCGGAGUUCUAAGCACUCCAAGCGACCUCUGCAAGUUCACCACAGCAAUCAGACUGAUCUCUCUGCUUGGAGAAAAGGAGGGACAGUGGAUACUGAAAAAAGUGCCCAGAGUGAUCAGAAAAAUGACAAUGAGCAAGACUCCCUUGAGGAAGCUCUGAGCUACUUUGAGAAAAUUCAAGAUCGAGUUUCAGUGAAAAACAAUGAAGCUCUGCAGAAACAUUUGUCUACUAUGGAAAGCAUUGCCCUGAAAAGAGGUUUACCCCCUGAAGGAUUUGAUGUAUUGCUAGAUGUGGCGCUCAGUGGCAAACUUGCUGAUACGGUGAACACUCGUUUACUGAAGAGCCUGAUCCCAGCCUCAGCAAUACCAGAAAGUUCUGUUGUUUCUUCUGUAUCUUGGUUCUGUGUCAGCAAAUGCUCAAACAACAUCCAGCUGCUUUAUCUAAGAUGGCUGAUCACGAUGUUUGACUUCAUUGAUCACAAGGAACGAAUUCAUGCCCUCUAUGGCAUCUUCUUUUCCUUCCUGAAUGAUGAGAAGUUGUGUCCCUACAUCUGCCACGUGCUCUACCUGCUGACCAGAAAAGAAAAUGUCAAGCCUUUUCGGGUCAGGCGACUCCUUGAUCUCCAAGCAAAAAUGGGUAUGCAACCUCAUCUGCAGGCUCUGCUAUCACUUUAUAAGCUUUUCUGUCCUGAGCUGGUAUCCAUAACCCUUCCUCGGAAGAUGAAGACUUUUUUCAAGAAUGCAGAUGGCCCAUGGAAAGCAGCAAUCAACGCUGUGAGGCAAAGAAACCAGGCCAAUUCUACAGUGCCCCAACUACUGCUUUUAGACACAGCUCAACCUCACUCACGAAAAAGAAAAUGGAAUACCCAGUUGAUUGUACCUGCAAGCAGUGCCAACGCACAGAAUUCAGUAGUGGGUAGGAAAAUGAGCCGUGUUGAUUCAUUCAGUGCUAACAGAUUUUUUCCAGUGGAGCAGCUGCGGACCUUUCCCCAACUUCUACAAAAUAUCCACCGCCUGGAGUUUCCUUCCCAAAUGGGCUCAGUGCUAACAAACCCGUUACUGCUUCACUACAUGAACUGCAGCAAAGAUGAAUCUGUUUAUCUGAGGCUCUACUAUUGGAUGGGACAGACUCUUCAGGAAGAGUGCACCUGGUGUGUAGUUGAUAAUAACCAAUAUGAAGAAGAAUUCAAAAGCUUCCUGGAAACUGCCUACAAGGCAGAGUGUUUCUUACAAGAGGGAUUUCCUUCCUGUGAGGAGUUCCUCUACAGGAGUCUUCCUCUCUGGGAUGGUGUUUCCUGCCGAUCACAAAUCCUCCAACUCAUCAGUUGGAUCCCCCUCAGUACCUUCUCUGAAAUAAAGUCACAACUCUGCGAUCCCCUGGCACAGCUCUUCUUCACGUCAUCCCUUUACUUUAAGUGCAGCGUUCUGGAGAGUCUGAAAGAGCUGCUACAGAACUGGUUAAACUGGCACGUGGUUCAGCUGGAUUCAGAGUCUGAUUCUCAAUUCAGUUCUUUGAAUACCACCCUUUCUGGACUAGUGAAUGGGGUGGCUGAACUCAUCAACUUUGUGGGAUGGAUUUCUACUGCUGCGUUGCACUUGGAGAAGAGUCAUACCUUCUUGCUGUACUUCAUCCUGGAUUUCUAUGAGACCGUGUGUGACAUAUAUCUGAAGUACAAACUGCCGUUGCUGAUAAUGCCUCCUGCUGGAGUUUUCUACCCAGCGUUGCUCAGCAUGGAUUCUGUCAACUUAAAUCAGCUCUGCUACAUCAUGUACAGGUAUAGAACCAACUUGAUAGCUGCAAAAGAGAACGAGAUGAGUAAAAAGAAAAUACAGCAAUUCAAGUUCAGUAGCCAGACAUAUCAAGAGUAUAACCAGUACAUCAUAGCCAUGGUGGGUUGUCUGUGGACAUCCAGUGCAUUCCAGAAGGAUAAUCAUCCUCAGGGCAUUUGUCUGGAUGAUGAAUUGCUGAAGAAAACUGGAGUGCAGGAAUACAAAAACAGCUUCAAUAUUGUCUACCACCCAGCUCUGAUGUGCUAUGCUGUUGACUUCCUGCAGCAGGUAAUGUUGUAGGUGAAUACCUCAGCCUUUGGCAGCACCAAAUGGUGCAGUGAUCUUUUCUCUAAAGAGUCUCUCAGUGUUGGCUGAGUAAAAAACAGCUCAAUGUUGAUUUGUGCAUUUUCAGGAUACAACUAAAAUGGAUAAAUAAU